UUAGCAUAUUUGGUAUUGAAGUAAUCCAAAAGUAACUGAAAGUAAUAGUUAUAUUACUUUAAUAUUAUGGUACUUGGAUUACUUUACUGAUUACAUUUUUAACAGGUAACUAGUAACUAUUAGAAUACAUUUUUAAAGUAACCCUCCCAACCCUGGUGGUUGAUGAACACAUCAGUCACCUAAAAAUAUGGUAAUAGUUUAGCGAGAACAGCACUUAGAUAAAUUAAAUAGAAUCACUUAAUAUAAAGAUGCUGUGAUCACAGAUUUGAAUCCCUGUGGUGUGAAGAGACAGAGCCAUUUUUAAAGUGAUAAGAAACUGUUUUGGCAACUUAAAAUACAGUUUAACACCCACCUUUCUAUCUGUAAAUUAUAUUUUAUUACAGAGUGGCACCUCAUUGGCAUAAUGUUGCAUUAACAGUUACAAAUGACAACAAUCUGCAGAGUGUGAAGUCAGAAAAUAGUAUUUUCCAUGAGUUAACCACAUAGCUAAUCUCUGCAAGACAAAAGUUGAUUAAUAAAAGUGAGAAAUCAUUAUAUAUGAAUGCCAUGAUUUUUGUGCAUCGUGAACAAGUACUCACAAUUCCAGGUAAUUCCAGGUAUGGAAAAAAUGUGGCCGCAUAUUAAUAUCCCUCAUGUCAAAACUAAAACUGAAUCAAUAUUUAUACAAGAAAAUGUAUCCUACAAGCAGUGCAGGUUUCAGAGUGUUUUUCAUGGCAUUGGCAUGCAGUCAAGCUAAAAAUUUGUGGCAGUUAUUUUUUCAACAUAGUGCAAUCUGAAUUAAUACAUUUCUGGUAUUUUUUGGACUGUAAAAUCAUUUAUUUUCUAAAGUAAAAAUUUACAGUUUGUACUUGGAUGUUGAGUAUGGUCUUCAGUGUCGACUGUGGUGUGUAAAAUUCCAGAGGCAUUUUACAUACAGUCUUUAUUUUUCUUCCUUUCAUUUGCAUGGAGGGCACACAGGAGACCUGUCACUAUAGAUGAGUCACACUGAAGCAUGAUGAAGCAUACACUCAGGUGGUGCCAGACUCCCCCCUCCAUGACUGUCCGAGUCAAACCCACCAGCACGCGCUCCCACCAAGUCAAAAGAGGUCUUGGGCUUAAAAGAGCCAAUGGCCAGGAUGUUCAGGGUCCACCAGGGAAGAGUCAACCCACCAAGCAUCAGGGGGAGAUGUAUUAUUCCAAAAUGACCAUGAGCCCAACUAUUGUCAUCCAGCGCCAGGAAAUGGCAUCAUUCUUCAAACUUUUUGAUGAUGACUUGAUCCAAGACUUCCUGUGGAUGGACUGUUGCUGUAAAAUGACAGACAAGUACCUCCUUGCUAUGACCUUUGUGUACUUCAAAAGAGCCCACUUCACUCUUGUUGAAUACACCAGGAAAAAUUUUUUCAUGGCAUUGUAUCUUGCCAACACCAUGGAGGAAGAUGAGGAGCAGUACAAGUAUGAGAUUUUUCCAUGGGCUCUGGGCAAGAAUUGGAGGAAACACUUUCCUCACUUCCUCAACCAGCGAGACAAGCUGUGGGCUCGCAUCGACUACAGAGCUGCUGUCAGCAGGCGCUGUUGCGAAGAGGUGAUGGCGAUUCUGCCGUCUCACUUUGUGUGGCAGAGAGAGCGGUCAGAACACCACAGCGGCGCCCACCGGCAGUACGGUCACCAAGACAACACCCUCAUGCCCCGCGGACCAUCAGCCUCUCCCGUCUACUGUGCCUUCUGUACCCAUGAGACCGAGAGUCUAGAGGUUACCCCGCCCAGGACCACUACCUCUCUCAGGAAAGUGGAGAAUACUCGAAACAAGGAGCAAUGUUUCCCUUGCUGCGGUUCAGAGGCUGUUCCCAGUACGUAACACUAAACCACAUAUGUUCUGCUCCCGGCUACCAAUGGUGAAGUCAGAUGAAAGCCUUGACGUACUGUGAUCAAAUUCUGUUUGUCUCUUUCUCUUCAUCUCAUAUCUGAGUAAUAUCUGAUUGUGUUUGGGUGUGAUCCAGACUGUUGAAACUACAAAUAGGAUUUAUUUUGCAUGCUGGUAAUGGCUUUGAAUAAAAUCAUAUAUAUAAUAUCUUUGAUGUUUCUUUUCAAAGUUAUCUUACCUAGUGUCUGCUUAGAGACUUCCUGAUGGAAUUACAUUAGUGUGCCUGCUGUAGAGAGGAUUUAGACUCCUGUAUCAUUCCCCAACCUCCCUUUUAUCUGCUUUCCCACAGUGCUUCAUAGAGUCUGGCACUAUAAACUUUCGGGUACGUAGCACAUUAGCUUUAAGGCACAAGAGAUGAGGAGGUUUAGACAGAAAAUUCCAUAUCUUUAAUGUAAGUACUGUGUGAAAAUGCAAUGCAUGAGGCUUAGAAACUCAGCUAGGGGAAAAAAAACCCUAUGUGAAACCAUGUGAUUUAACUCUUAAGUAGCUUGACUGUUUGAUCAAAACUUCCCACUGACAUUAAGAUACUUUUUCAUCAUCUCCCUCUUUGUUAGGGGAUGAAUCAUCUCGCGGUUCCACAUACGACCACUCCAUGGACUGGAUCAGCAAGGAAUAGGGCAUCACAUCAUCUGAGCGGCUUUCCCUUUACACUGAUGGAGCACUUCUGUGUAUUUACAUCUCCCCUGUGUGCUAAAAAAACACAAAGGUUUGACUCACAAGUGCAAUUCAGAAUUUUGUGUUUACCUCUUUUAAAGCAAAUAUGGAACUGAUCGGAGCCAGUCAUUUAAGUGACUAUAAUAGCUGUAGUAAUGACUGAUAGAUGUACAACUAGAUCAACGUUGUACAUCAGUUGGCUGUUUGUUUUCACGUUAAGUAUUUAUUUAAUAUAUUCUUCAGAGUUGUAUCUAUUUUAUUUAUGUAAGCACUUCUGUUAUAUUUCUGACAACUCUUUCAUCACUGAUGUUUUAAAAAAAUGUCAUUGAAGAGUCGUCUAAAAUGAAAUGAAGAUUAAAAUCACACACCGGGCUUCAACUGGGUGUGUUUUUAGUACUGUUGCCAACGUGCCUGUUUAAUGGCCCAGUGUUGCCUGUUGAGUUCUGAAUAAAAGCUUAGUGAUUUG